AACAGACGCUUCCUUAAUCACAUACACACGCACAGAGAAAAAAGAAAACCUCUCAAAAGCCCAAAAAACGCGCAGUCGCACGCUGAGUGGGUGUCAGUCAGAUCUGACUAUAGAGCUGCCACCGGCGGAGAAUGGUGCAGCUGUCUCAGCUAGGAGUUGCGACGCUGAUCGGUCGAAUCAAGAACCGCCGUGCUCGUCUGAUUCUGUGCUCCAAGAUGGCGGCUUGAAUGGAGAUGCGGAGGAGCAGGAAUUUAGUGAGGUAUGGUUUGUAAUUCGAUCAAUUUUGAGUUUUGGAGACGACGACUGGGUGUUUUGCGUAAAGGGUCGAUCCUUGCUUUGAUUGUGUUACGAAUUUUGGGGGAAUUUCUGUGAUAAUAAACUCUGCCUCAAAAUUCAUUGAGAAAGUGUUAGUAAAAUAUGAAAUAAAGUGCUGUAUGUUUAGUGUGUGUGAAAUUUUGUGUUUUUCCUUUACUCUCUCACAUGCAAAUUGUGUGUUACUCUGUGUUUGUGAAUUGUGUGUGUCUUUCUUCAUCAGUUACCAACCUUCUCUGUGUUAUGCGUUUCUUUUUAAGGAAAAGCAAAGUUUAAUCGUUUAAAUUUCACUUUAGGAACUUGUUAUUUUUCAAGAAUUGAAAUUCUGAUUUGCAGAGGAAUUAGAAAAACAAGAACUGAAGAUAUUAACUAGCUGAAACUCAGAUUUGCAGAGACUCUUGGUUAUAGAGGAUUUUUUUAUGUUAUAAUAGAUUGUGCUGAUGCAUAACUAUGGAGGUUGAAGGAACAAUAUUACUUUCUCUGGUUAAAAAAGUUAAAUAGAAAAGGUGAAAGAAGCAUCUGAUUGUUGAUCAGAUGAGAUAUUGUUGGCUGUCAUAGUUUUUCUUGAAUGAAAUAGAGAGGUGAGAGAAGCAUCUGAUUGUUGAUCACAGGUGAUAUUGUUGGCUGUUAUAGUUUUUAUUAAGUGAAGUAUAGAAAACUGUGUGAUGAGUCGAUGACUGUAUAUGUGAUAAGUCGAUAAGGCGUUUGAUUGUGAUGUUAUAUGGUCAGUGUCGAAAACUAUUGUAGCUUUGGACUUAGGAUUUCUGAUGAAUGAUGCAUACGCAGAGUAUGUCAAGUCCUAAACAAGAUCAUGCUAAAGACUCCGAGGAAUUGAAAGAUUCCAGUGAGUAUCGAGCCAUAGCUGAGGAUCCAAAUCCACCCUCUGAGGCUGAAGCUGGAUCAGAGAAGAUGGUGACGGGCGAUGAUGACCAAAAUGAGACAACCCUCAAGAAGCCCGACAAGAUAAUUCCGUGUCCUCGCUGCAACAGCAUGGAUACGAAGUUUUGUUACUUCAACAAUUACAACGUGAACCAACCUAGGCAUUUCUGCAAGAACUGCCAGAGAUACUGGACAGCAGGAGGGACCAUGAGGAACGUGCCUGUUGGCGCUGGUCGACGUAAGAACAAGAACUCUGUUCCCCAGUGCGGCCAUAUCACUGUCCCGGAGGCCCUUCAGAGUGCUCACCACACUGCUGUCAACCCCAACGGCACUCUUCUCACCUUCGACUCAGAUUCGCCCCUAUGUGAAUCCAUGGCGUCAGUUUUGAACAUUGUUCAUAAAACAAACUCAAGAAACGGAUUCCAUAGACCCGACGAGAUGGAGAUGUCUGUUCGGAGUAAGGAGAGCGGGGAUGAUUCUUCCACCACUGCAUCAAGUUCGAAGGAUGAAGUAGGUAAGAAACCCAAGAUGAUGCCUAACGGCCAUCCCUUGCCUCAUCAGGUGCCAUGCUAUCCGGGAGGCCCCUGGCCCUACCCGUGGAAUCCCGUGCAGUGGAACUCUGCUGCAUCUCCACCGAGCUUUCCUGUGUCGUUCUAUGCUGCAGCACCACCACCUUAUUGGGCUUGUGCAGUGCCCGGUGCUUGGAACGUCCCAUAUGUUAUGCAACAACCGCCAACUGCUCUCCAGACGCCUCCUAGCCCAAACUCCCCAACUUUGGGGAAGCAUUUGAGAGAAGAAACCGCGCCAAAACCUGCCAAUGCAGAGGAAGAGGAACCAAAGGAGAGCAAUCUUGAGAGAAACCUAUGGUUUCCAAAAACAUUGAGGAUUGACGAUCCGGGAGAGGCUGCUAAGAGCUCGAUAUGGGCAACGUUGGGGAUAAAGAACGAGAGAGCCGGAGCUGUUGGGGCCAGCGGUGGUGGCAGCGCCCUUUUCAAGGUCUUCCAACCACAAUCUAAAGGUGAUGAAAAGAGCCUCGGUUCAGAGGCCUCAACGGUGUUACAAGCGAAUCCGGCAGCACUCUCCCGCUCGUUGAACUUCCAUGAGAACUCCUAAGCCGAGGUAUCGCGCAGUUUUUCUUGAUGAUCUCCAUUGCCAAGUUGAGAAGUAGUUGUAGCCAUGGACUGAGUGUGGGGGAAAUGGUGCAUUUCCAUGAUUCUUGACAAGAUUUAGGAGAUGGUAUCCUCCUUUUACAUUAAAUUUAUGAUAAUGUCACUUGCUAAGAUAGUGAGCUUGUGUAACAAACUCCACAUGCCGUAAAAAUAAGUGGGGAAUAUUUAUGAGAUUUUCCUUUUUUAUUAUUUGAUCACAGCCUUUUUUUCUCUUUCAGACAUGGUUUUGACUUUGAGGUUUUUAUUAUGCCCAAUUGCCCACAGGAGAAAUUUUCAAUCUCA